AUGGAGGAGGAAUCGGGUGAAGAGUUCCCUGGCUUUCAGAUUGGUGUUCACAAAGAAGAGUUUGUGUUUAAAAGGCCAUUGAGCAGGUUGCAAAGGCGAGCUCCAUGUCCACUACAGCUAAGUAAGCCUAAUGCUUCUUCUGUUGAAUGCAAGGGUGCAUCAAAAGCAAUGGGGUGCAAUUUGAAUUCAUCGUCAUCCUCAACACCACAAUCUUCUUCUUCUUCUUCUUCUUCUUCAUUCAGUUCAUUUUAUCAAAGUAAAGAUCCCAUUCCUCUGCUAUCUCCACUUGUGUUGCCUUCUAUGCUGGAAUCCUCAUAUACUGCAAAAUCACAUUGA